AUUCAACAUGGCGGCUGGUUUGUUUUGGUUCUUAUUUCUGUUGGAUGUUUCUGUAAAUUCGAGAGGAUUCAUUGAAGCUCAGCAGAUGCUAGACGCAUGUUACAAACCAAUCAAGGACCACAGACCAUCAUUUAUAAAGACUUACCUGCGACCUCAUGAAUAUGUAAAUGCCUCUGAUCUCCCCGCCUCUUGGGACUGGCGCAACAUCGAUGGCAAAAACUUUGUGAGCAUCACUCGCAAUCAGCACAUUCCACAGUACUGCGGCUCGUGCUGGGCCAUGGGCGCCACCAGUGCACUCGCAGAUCGUAUUAACAUCAAGAGGAAAGGGGCGUGGCCUUCUGCAUACCUGUCUGUGCAGAAUGUGAUUGACUGUGGCGGGGCGGGCUCGUGUUAUGGAGGCGAUCAUGUGAGAGUGUAUGCAUACGCACACGAGCGAGGCAUUCCUGAUGAAACCUGUAAUAAUUACCAAGCCCGUAAUCAAAAAUGUGAUUCGUUUAAUCAGUGCGGGACAUGUUCGUUCUUUGGCUCCUGCUCCAUAAUUCAAAACUACACAGUGUGGAAAGUUGGGGACUAUGGCGUGGUCUCAGGACGAGACAGGAUGAAAGCUGAAAUCUACAAAAAUGGGCCGAUCAGCUGUGCAAUAAUGGCCACUAAAGCCCUGGAGUCAUAUGACGGAGGGAUAUAUGCUGAAUUUCACAUUCUGUCUCUGCCGAAUCACAUCAUCUCAGUUGCGGGCUGGGGCGUAUCAGAGGACGGGACAGAGUUCUGGAUCGUCAGAAACUCUUGGGGCGAGUUUUGGGGUGAGUCGGGCUGGGCCAGGAUUGUCACCAGUGCAUAUAAGGGAGGGAAAGGCAACUGGUACAACCUCGCCAUAGAGCAAAACUGUGCAUACGGAGACCCAAUCGUGAUGUAGUGGAGGAGGUGGGAUCUGGGACACUUCCACUCACAGUAUUAGAAUUGAACUCAUCAUCCGCUCAUCAAGCACACAGAAUAAUGAAUUGCUGAAGAGCAAGACGUGAAUAGUUUUUAUGUAAUUGUGAAGAAUGUAAAUCAUUGUUUACAUAUCAAACAUGGGAGAUGUGUCAUAUUAGAGUUAUAGAACCUUAAUUAUCUUAAAUCAAGAUGGUUUUCAAUAGAGUGGGAGUGGAGAUGAGUAGUAAUAUGAUGCAGUUCACAGCUCUAUUUUAUUGCAGAUCAAAGGUCAUGUACAUGUUGCCAAAUAUUUUAGGACACUAUAAGGAUUCACACAAAAUGCGUUUUUGUGGCCAUUAAAAAACUUUUUCAUACAUAAACAAGUGCUAGACAGACAUGAUCUUUGAACAUGCUUUUUUGAGGUGACGUGUCACAUGGGCAAGGCGAUUUAUUUUUAAAGCACAAUUAAAAACAACUGUUGACCAAUGUGCUGUACAAUAAAAUAAGUCAGGUGGAGUGGGCAGGUCUGGAGGCAUUCUGUCGGGUCCUUCACACUUUCUGUAAUUGGGUGAAUCGCACAAAGCCUGUCAAGAACGUGUGCAGGUCUAUAUUUCACCAAAAAAUAAGACAAAUAUUUUGCAUGAAAACAAAUUAAGAUUUAUUUGUGAUUUUUGUCAAGGUGACAUUAUUGUCAUGAUUUAAGGUAGACUUUAUGACUUUAAGAUUUUUAGGAGAAGAUGGAGCUCUGUCAGGUCCUUAUAAUGGAAGUAAAUGGGUGCCAGCACUUGGCAAAGGUCCAAAAGUCACAUUUAGUCAGCAUAAAAGUAAUCCACAAGACUCCAGUCCAUCAAUUAAUGUCUAUUGAAGCAAAUCGAUACGUUGUAAAUAAGCCGCCUGAACUCGCCGACACGCUUACGUCAAGCUUCGCGUCAGCUGCGUGGCUGGAAGUGCUGUUUAAAAGUUAACGUAUUAAUUAUCAAUUAAAUUUUUACACAAACAUAUCAAUUUGUUUUAGAAGACAUUCAUUGAUCGACUGGAGUGGUGUGGAUUAGGAAUGCACCAAUCCGAUACCUAGAUCAGUAUCGGCAGAUCGGGUAUCGGUCCGACGAGCCCCAUUGUUUGUCACUGUCAAGCUCAAACAAUUACAUAAAAGAACCAUAAAAACACCAGUAAAGUAGUUCAUAUGAAUCGUGCAUUUUAUUCAAAGCCACUUGAAGACGUGCGAUAGCUGUGAAUCACAAAAGGCUGUGUUUAAUUAGUAAAUAUAUAAAAUGCACGUGCAGCUCCAGGACGUUAGUGAAUGGUGCUGCUCUGUUUACACGCAGUUGCAGUUUUAGCCUUCACGCUGCUGCACAAUAUUUUAGCGCUACUCACAAGCAACAUCUCAGAUGUAGAUGCUCAAUAGUUCGGUUCACUUAUAAUAUGCAUUUAGAAUGGCACUGGAGGUGCAUUUGACCAGAACUUGAAUAAAAAGCGAAUUAAACUACUGUGAACUAGCCUACAAACACACACAUACAGGACUUCCUGGAGAGUUCAGAAUGUCAAAAUAAAAGCGUGAGGGUUUAAAAGUUAAAGGUGCACGAGUAAAAUAUGUUACUAAAUAUUACUAUUAUAAUAUAUUAUUAUUUGUUUACAAAUUAUAAUAAUGUUUUAAGUUGAAUGAGUUACCAAAAAUUCUAAAUUGAUAUUAAUAUUAUAAAAUGAUUAUGCAAAAAAACACUGGUAUCGGAUCAGGAUCGGUAUCGGUAUCGGUCGAUACUGAGAUUUCUGAUAGCGGAAUCGGAUCAGAAGAGAAAAAGUGGUAUCGGUGCAUCGAUGCCUAGUGUGGAUUACUUUUAUGCUGCCAAAAAAUUACUUUUGGGCCAUCAGAGUGUUGGCACCCAUGUGCUUCCAUUAUAAGGGCCUGACAGAGCUCUUCUAAAUAUCUUCUUCAUUUGUGUUCUGCUGAAGAAACACAGUCAUACACAUCUGGGAUGGCAUCACGGGAAGUGAAUAAAGAGAGAAUUUUCAUUUUUGGGUGAACUAGUCCUUUAAGCACAUUUCUCCCAAUUAUCAUUCCUAUAAUGCAAAAAUAUCUCUUCUCAUUACCGUAAUGCGAACGAAAAUGUAUACAAAAAUGAAAAUAUUUGACAUCAUGCCUUUAUGGUGAUUUUACUGUUAUUAAAAAAUAAUAAAUAAAUAAAAUAAAUUUAGG